GCGAGUUGUUGCGGAGUCGGGGUUGAAGACGCGAAUCCCCAGGAACCAGUUAGCCCUGGAGCGGUCGGAGUUGCUGGAGGUGUUUCCGUGAUUCCUGAACGGCCUCCGCUAGAGCUCGAUAAAUUACCGCCUUAUCACGACGUCACGCCAACUCCAGGUCACAAUGUCUGGUCCUGGUUAGGAUCUAGACGUGGAGGAGGCGCAGCAGGAGUAGUAGCAACCCCCCUGAGUUUACCGCCGCAUCGGUGUGCGAUGAAUCUUCCUGUGGAGAAUCAUUACACCCACAUGCAAACCGACGAGGCUUUGUACGCGGAACUAGACUCGCAAACCGCGAGUUACGCCAGCGAUCUUCAGCUGCAGCUUAGAGGAAGCUCGACCUACGGCGGCCGAGCGACUACUCCUGGUGAUGAGGAAGAAGACGAGUACCAUGAACUUGAUGCUGCGAGGCUGCAUCGUAGGUACAGCGGUGACAGCCAAACUGGGACUCUUAAGGAAAGGCGACACAAUCAAAGGUUACAAGAGCCAGACUACGAGAUGUACGAGAACGGACCAUCAACGCCGUUGUCUUUGAGUCGUCACCAGCACCCGAGUCACCAGCACCACAUCCAGCACCACCAUCACCACCACCACCACCUGAGAACGGGAGCUGGGAGCGAGGUGAACCCGUCCUACCAGAACACGGCGUACACGGGAAGCGACGCGGACCUAGACGGGCCCUUUCUCUCGAGCGCGCCCAGCAGCGCGUACUACAGUGACCUGAGUUCAAACUCGGCAAACAACCACCAGCAGUCCUCAGGAGUGACGCUUCAUACAAACGCCUCGAGCAUGCAAACUCAGACGCAAACGGGAACGUGUCAUCAAGCAAACACGACGACGGAGCCUCCGUACCGGUUAGCUGCCAUUACCGAGACAACGACACCGUCCGACUACAUUUAA